AUGAGUAAUAUAUUCAGUCAGAGUAGAAUUUUCCAGCUGGACCAAAAAACCCACACAGGAGAGAAAACUUUUAAGUGCCCAGAGUGUGGAAAGAGAUUCAGUCGGAGUGGCUAUUUUCAACAUCAACUGAGAACCCACACGGGGAAGAAACCUCUUGAGUGCUCACAGUGCAGAAAGAGAUUCAGCCGGAGUGCCUAUCUUCAAGAUCAUCAGAGAACCCACUCAGGGGAGAAACCUUUUGAAUGCUCAGAGUGUGGAAAGAGAUUCAGUCGGAGUGACAGUCUACAACUUCAUCAGAGAACUCACUCAGGGGAGAAACCUUUUGAAUGUUCAGAGUGUGGAAAAAGGUUUAGUAGGAGUGUCAAUCUUCAACGUCAUCAGAGAACUCACACAGGGGAGAAGCCUUUUGAAUGUUCAGAGUGUGGAAAGAGGUUUAGUACGAGUGGCCAACUUCAACUUCAUCAGAGAACUCACACAGGGGAGAAGCCUUUUGAAUGUUCAGAGUGUGGAAAGAAAUUCAGUGAGAGGGGGACUCUUCAACGUCAUCAGAGAACCCACACAGGGGAGAAGCCUUUUGAAUGUUCAGAGUGUGGAAAGAGGUUUAGUAGGAGUGGCCAUCUUCAACGUCAUCAGGGAACUCACACAGAAGAGAAGACUUUUGAAUGUUCAGAGUGUGGAAAGAAAUUCAGUGAGAGGGAAACUCUUCAAGAUCAUCAGAGAACCCACACAGGGGAGAAGUCUUUUGAAUGUUCAGAGUGUGGAAAGAGGUUCAGUAGGAGUGGCCAUCUUCAGAAUCAUCAGAGAACCCACACAGGGGAGAAGCCUUUUGAAUGUUCAGAGUGUGGAAAGAGGUUUAGUAGGAGUGCCAAUCUUCAACGUCAUCAGAGAAACCACACAGGGGAGAAGCCUUUUGAAUGUUCAGAGUGUGGAAAGAAAUUCAGUGGGAGGACGACUCUUCAAGAUCAUCAGAGAACCCACACAGGGGAGAAGCCUUUUGAAUGCUCAGAGUGUGGAAAGAGGUUUAGUAGCAGUGGCAUUCUUCAACGUCAUCAGAGAACCCACACAGGGGAGAAGCCUUUUGAAUGUUCAGAGUGUGGAAAGAGGUUUAGUAUGAGUGCCAAUCUUCAACGUCAUCAGAGAACCCACACAGGGGAGAAGCCUUUUGAAUGUUCAGAGUGUGGAAAGAAAUUCAGUGAGAUGGUGACUCUUCAACAUCAUCAGAGAACCCACACAGGGGAGAAGCCUUUUGAAUGCCCAGAGUGCAGGAAGAAAUUCAGUCGGAGGGCCAGUCUUCAAUGUCAUCAUCAGAGAAUCCACAAGGGAGGCCAUAAAUCUGUGAUUUCUGAGGUGCAAGCUCUGCCCAUGGACACAGUAUGUCACUUGAUGGUGAACUUGGGGUGGUCCAAAGCAAAAAUCAUGAGGAUCCAUGGUCUGGGACCCUGUUUUGGCUCCAUGCAUCGUCAGAGAACCCACACAGGGGACAAUCCUUAUGAAUGUUCAGAGUGUGGAAAGAGAUUCAGUUGUAGUGGCAGUCUUCAAUGUCAUCAGACAACCCACACAGGGGAGAGACCUUUUGAAUGCUCAGAGUGUGGAAAGAGAUUCAAUCAGAGUGGCCAUCUUCAACGUCAUCAGAGAACCCACACAGGGGAGAAACCUUUUGAGUGCUCAGAGUGUGGAAAGAAAUUCAGUGAGAGUGGCAGUCUUCAACUUCAUCAGAGAACCCACACAGGGGAGAGACCUUUUGAAUGCUUAGAGUGUGGAAAGAAAUUCAGUGAGAGUGGCAGUCUUCAACUUCAUCAGAGAACCCACACAGGGGAGAAACCUUUUGAAUGCUCAGAGUGUGGAAAGAGAUUCAGUCGGAGUGGCUAUCUUCAACGUCAUCAGAGAACCCACACAGGGGAGAAACCUUUUGAAUGCUCAGAGUGUGGAAAGAGAUUCAGUCGGAGUGGCCAUCUUCAAAGUCAUCAGAGAACCCACACGGGGGAUAAACCUUUUGAAUGCUCAGAGUGUGGAAGGAGAUUCAGUCAGAGUAACAGUCUUCAACGUCAUCAGAGAACCCACACAGGGGAGAAACCUUUUGAAUGCUCAGAGUGUGGAACAAAAUUCAGUCAGAGUGGCAGUCUUCAGCUUCAUCAGAGAACCCACAGAGAGGAGAAACCUUUUAAAUGCUUAGAGUGUGGAAAGAAAUUCAGUUUGAGUGGCACUCUUCAACGUCAUCAGAGAACCCACACAGGGGAGAAACCUUUUGAAUGCUCAGAGUGUGGAACAAAAUUCAGUCAGAGUGGCAGUCUUCAGCUUCAUCAGAGAACCCACACAGGGGAGAAACCUUUUGAAUGCUCAGAGUGUGGAAAGAGAUUCAGUCGGAGUGGCAGUCUUCAAUAUCAUCAGAGAACCCACACAGGGGAGAGACCUUUUGAAUGCUCAGAGUGUGGAAAGAGAUUCAGUGGGUGUGGCACUCUUCAACGUCAUCAGAGAACCCACACAGGGGAUAAACCUUUUGAAUGCUCAGAGUGUGGAAAGAGAUUCAGUGGGAGUGGCACUCUUCAACGUCAUCAGAGAACCCACACAGGGGAUAAACCUUUUGAAUGCUCAGAGUGUGGAAAGAGAUUCAGUCAGAGCAGCAGUCUUCAACUUCAUCAGAGAACCCACACAGAGGAGAAACCUUUUAAAUGCUUAGAGUGUGGAAAGAAAUUCAGUUUGAGUGGCAAUCUUCAACGUCAUCAGAGAACCCACACAGGGGAGAAACCUUUUGAAUGCUCAGAGUGUGGAAAGAGAUUCAGUCAGAGGAGGAGUCUUGAACAGCAUCAGAGAAGACACAGAAGGGGGAAUCGUUAG